CAUUUCCCUUCUAUUUAAUCUCCUUUAUCUCUACUGCUUGCAGCUUUCCUUCCGCAGCAGACACUACUUUUGGGUAUUGUUUCAACUUAACACGAAGAAGCUUUUGCCAUGGCGGCCGCCUCUCUCAGACAACCUUCCCUCACCACUUUUGUGUUUGUUCUUGCCAUUUUCUCGCUUUCUUAUCGAGUUUACAGUGAUGAUGAGGAAGACCAUCUUCUUCAAGGACUCAACAGUUACAGGACAUCGGCGAAUCUCCCAGCAUUCGCCAAGAACAAAAACGCCGAAUGCGUGGCCAAGAGAAUCGCCGACGACGUCAGCGACGACGACAACAACCAGCACUGCACCAACCCCAGCAAUUCACCUGGCAAUAACGCAACCGGAUUAUCGGCCUAUCCCAAAGCCAUAUCCAAGUGCGACAUCGAUGCCAACACCACCAGCGAUGUAAUGGUGCUGCCUGUUUGCGUGCCGAAUCUGGUUCCGACGCUUGUUCUAACCAACUUCACACGCACCCAUUACUCCAAAUACAUAAACGAUUCCACCUUCACUGGAAUCGGACUCAGUUCCGAAGAUGAUUGGAUGGUGGUGGUUCUUUCUUCCAAUAAGCCAACUGGGAGCCUCGCCAAUGGAGCUUAUUCCUUGCUUAAUAGGAAGCUUGGUUUCAGCUAUUACAUGGUGUUAUUGUUGUUGGGUUUUCUACUCUUUUCGUUUUGAUUUGCAGUGAAAAAUGCUUGGAUUUCUUUGUUAUUUUUCUUUAGAGUUUGUGAUUUAAUUUGUCUAUCUUGUGGAUUUCAAUUUGUAUGAAAAGUUAUAUAAAAAGAAGAAGUUUGCUUUGCGUUU